AUGGAUGGCGAUACCCGUCGUCUGAAGCAACAUGAACAGGCACAGUUUGCGACGCGGGCAGGAAUGGCCCGUCGUGCGGUCUCGCGACCCUCCGGGGCCGCGGCGGAUCGAUUCAGGCAGGCGGCCCUUCAACCGACACGUGGAGAUGCGCCGUCCCAGGCGACGGGGCGCGGACGGAUGCCCACAUACCUAGAUUACGGAUACCCCGACGGUGCCUUUCCAGGCGGCUCGCUGCAGGGUGACGAGUUACAGCCGUAUGCGCCGACGUUGCGCGACCAACAGCGUCAGCCGGUGCAGCAGCCGUCGUUCGCCGGCUACGAGUCCGAGAUGGUCUACAACCUCAACCAACAGGGCCCGACGCAGUCGCCGUACGAGGUCGUGCCACCCUACCCGACACGGCAAUCUGCAGCGAUGGACGCGCUCUCCUCGCAAUUCGCCGUUCCACAGUAUUAUAAUGAGCCGACUGGAGCCGGCGUUCCGGCCGUGGGCUCGCCCUACCUGGCCUCGCAGCUGCCGCUGGCUGCUUAUAACCAGCCGGGCCCCAUUGGUCGCUCCGGCUCGACGCAGCCCUUUCCCGCAACCAUGGCCGACAUGACCCCGGUGGGCACGACCGGACGCCUGGAGCCGUCGCCGCCGUCGCAGUUGCAGUCGCAGACCCAGCAGCAGCAGCCGCCGCCGCCGUCAUCGCAGGGCGCAGGCGGCGAAUCCUUCGGCCAUCCGAACGAGUCGUAUGGGCAGUUCCAUCAGGCAUUGCGAGAGAUCUUCAAGGACACGCGUGCCGGCCGAUUGGUAGAGGCUAGUCGAUCACUCGUGAAUAUCUCCGAGUGGCUUGUGACUAAUGCGCGGGAACUGGGCAUCUUACGCGACGAUCAAGUGCUUUAUGCCGACCGACUCCAACUCUGGAAUGACUUCAACAUCUGUUGGCUGGCCGUCUGCCAGAAACAAAAGGACCUGACGCAGGAGCUGCUGCAGACGGGCCGCCAACCGCCCCGGACCAACCUCUUGACCAGCGAGGUCAUGGAAACGCUCGGCAAGGAUCUCAUUUCGUUAUGCGAUCGAAUGGAGCAGCACGGCUUGGUGGAUUACCAAAUGGGAAUCUGGGAGGAAGAGAUCCUCUGUGUUCUAAGUCAAUGCCUGGACCUCAUGGAAAGCCGACCCGAAGUCCUCCGUCCCCAGGCGAUUCCCGUGCCUGCUACGGCAACCUCGCGAUCGUGA